AUGGAGAACCAGAAGGAGGUAAUAGGGCUAAUGGAAGAAGGAGAACGACUGAUGAUGCAGGCGAUGGUAGGGAAAAAUAUGCGUUCCAUGUUUUGGGUCCCUCACAUGUGGGCAGCUUCCAUACUGCAGAAAGCCCGGGAGGAACAACUCAUCGGUUCCGACAUGGGACUUCGAUCGAUUCUGGAUACCUUGUCCGCUUUUCGCCGGGCUUGCUCCGUCUGCCAUCACGUGGACUACAUCCAAGUCCCUCUCGUGUACUCCCAGGUGGUGACUAUUGCCUGUUACAGUUUCUACAGUGCUGCAUUGCUGGGAAGUCAGUUCAUCGACUCUGACACUGAAAAAGUUAUUGACAUAUAUGUACCAGUUAUUACACUGUUUCAGUUGGUCCUCUAUGUCGGUUGGCUGAAAGUGGCCGAAUCCCUCAUCAAUCCAUACGGCGAAAAUGACGAUGAUUUCGAUCUCAAUUGGCUUAUUGAUCGUCACAUCAACGUUUCACACGUGAUGGGAAACGGACUGAACAGAGACUUCAAGCGCUAUACUUGGGAGGAAAUGUUUCCUUGGCUCUUCAAUAAGUCAUUAGCCCCUAAACCUUUGCUUUUAGCCUUCGCCCAUAAAAUGGACAUGGACAUAACUUCCAAGGGGCAGAGCGGCGAGGACAAGGGACGGCUGCCAAACGACCCAGCUGUGCUGCAAGGCACGACCCUGAUGCGGAUAAUGCGGGGGCACCUUGCUGAAGACCCCUCUGACGCUGAACCACCACCACCACCACCCCUAAUUCUGCAGACAAACACUAGUAUUCCCGAGUUGGACCCUGACGAGAAGGACUUUCUUCUCGAAAGUCGCCACUCCUGUCCUACGAUGCCCGUCACGUACAACAACGUGGUAGCCACCAGUAGCAAAUUCGGUUGCUUCUGGAGGCUGCUGUUCAAAUGGAAGGGGAGCGUUUAUAAACUAGUGUGGCCCGACCUCCUCGUCUGGCUGAUAUUAUACUACAUCAUCAGCAUUGUUUAUCGAGUAGGGCUAGAUGAAGACCAGAGGAAGGUGUUCGAGAAGAUCGCGAUCUACUGCCAUAAGUUCAGCGAGUUCAUCCCCUUGACGUUCCUCAUGGGUUUCUACGUGACGACAGUCGUAAAUCGCUGGUGGCAGCACUGGGAUGCCCUUCCCUGGCCUGACAACACCGCCGUCUUUGUCACAGUGUAUUUAGAGGGACAGGCAAGCAUAUCCUCUUUCCAACAACUGUCGAAGACGAUGAGGCGGACCAUCAUGCGAUACAUGAACCUAGCGAUGGUCCAUGCCUUCAGUUUAAUCUCCGUCCCCGUCCAAAAACGAUUUCCUACUCUUCAACACCUCGUCACUGCCGGUUUGUUGGAAGAGAACGAGUUGCCGAUCCUGGAUAAAAUGUCGAAGAGUGUGAAGAAGAUCUACUGGAUGCCGUUAGUAUGGGCAGCGACACUAGCGACGAAAGCCAGGAGGGAAGGCAAGAUCAGGGACGACAUGGCUCUUCGGGGAAUCCUUGACCACAUCGUCGAAUACCGUCGAAGAUGUGGCCGAUCCCUCCACAUCGACCUCAUCAAUGUCCCCCUCGUCUAUUCUCAGGUGGUGACACUGGCGGCAUAUUCGUUCUUCGCGUCGUGUCUCUUCGGCAGGCAGUUCAUAAACCACGAGAAUCUUCCGUUGGAUAUCUACGUUCCUGUCUUCACCAUAUGCCAAUUUUUGUUCUACAUGGGAUGGCUGAAGGUGGCCGAGACUCUCAUCAACCCCUUCGGCGAGGAUGACGAUGAUUUCGAUCUUAACUGGCUCAUCGACCGCCAUGUUAAGGUAUCUUACAUGAUCGUGGACGGGAUGCAUGAGGAACAUCCUGAACUGACGAAAGAUCAAUACUGGGACCAGAUGUUCCCUGAAUGCUUGCCUUACAAUGAAGAUGUACUUCCGAAGAUGGAGCCGGUCAAUUCCGCUCAAAAUUUGACCGAGUGUGGCGUGGAAGACACGGAUCCCCUUGUGGCACCGGAGUCCCGGCCUCGCCUCAAGCACGCUAUCUCUGAACCAGCCGGGUACAAAGCCAAUGUAACCAGGAGUUGGUCCUUACUUUCACCAGUCAGGAGGAGUCAAAGCCUCAGCUACAGUCAAUCCAUCAGAAGAUUCUUUCAGCGCCAUAAGAGAACUCCGACCGGUUCUUGCACUCCUCUCCCGACUCUUAGAGAGGAUCCCAACGAAGAAGCGUUAGAGGAAGGAAAUGGGCAGAACCUACAGGAAUCUCAAUCACACACGAACGUGGCCUUCGCUCAAGACGAUUCAGCCAUAGAUGGGGUCAUGCAUGAACUCCGGACUCCACCUGUCUGACUCUAUGAAACUUAACCCUAAAUUCAGCCAUUAUUUUGUGCAAUCUUUCCGUACUUAUUCAUGUUGACAUUUCCCCUUCACAUUCCAUCUUGAAUAAAGGCCGGACAGUUUUUGUUCUUUU